ACAAUUCACAGUUUAUCUGCAUAUUCACUAACUACACAGCAUUUCACUUGGUUAAACUCGAUCCUACCUGUCUGCAGAUAUUUUACGAUGUUUAAUCGUCUAACAAGUUUAUCAAGUCUGAUAAUUUUCUCUUUGGCUAACUUAGAGGCCUGCAAAAGAAAUCCACCAAUUGGUAAAAUAUAUGAUUUCACGGUCACUGAUAUUGACGGUAAUGAAGUUCAGUUAAAUAAAUAUUCGGAUAAAGUCUGCAUAAUUGUGAAUGUCGCCACUGAAUGA